CGGGCUCUCAGUGGUGCGGCCGGCUGGCGGCGAUGGCGGCCGUACGGGGCCUGCGAGUGUCCGUAAAGGCUGAGGCCUCGGCGGGGCCGGCCUUGGGAGUCCCGUCGCCUGAGGCGGGGUCAGGUUUGGAGCGCGGCGAGCCAGAGCCCAUGGAGGUGGAGGAGGGCGAGCUGGAGAUAGUGCCGGUGCGGCGCUCGCUGAAGGAACUGAUCCCGGACACAAGCAGAAGAUAUGAAAACAAGGCUGGCAGCUUCAUCACUGGAAUUGAUGUCACCUCCAAGGAAGCAAUUGAAAAGAAAGAACAGCGAGCCAAGCGCUUCCAUUUUCGAUCAGAAGUAAAUCUUGCCCAAAGAAAUGUAGCCUUGGACAGAGACAUGAUGAAGAAAGCAAUCCCCAAAGUGAGACUGGAGACCAUCUACAUCUGCGGAGUGGAUGAGAUGAGUACCCAGGAUAUCUUUUCCUAUUUUAAAGAAUAUCCUCCGGCUCACAUCGAGUGGUUGGAUGAUACCUCCUGCAAUGUGGUUUGGCUGGAUGAAAUGACAGCCACACGAGCCCUUAUCAAUAUGAGUUCUCUGCCAGACCUGGAUAAGAUAAAAGGCAGGGAUGCCAGUGAGGACAAGUCAUCUGAGAAAAGCAAAAAAGGCAAGCAGGAAGACAGUUCAGAUGAUGAUGAGGCUGAAGAAGGGGAAGUCGAAGAUGAAAACUCAAGCGAUGUAGAGUUGGACACAUUAUCUCAGGUAGAAGAAGAAUCUCUGCUAAGAAACGAUCUUCGUCCCGCUAACAAACUUGCUAAAGGAAAUAGGUUAUUCAUGAGAUUUGCUACAAAAGAUGACAAAAAGGAACUUGGAGCAGCCAGAAGAAGUCAGUAUUACAUGAAAUAUGGGAAUCCAAAUUACGGAGGCAUGAAAGGAAUUCUUAGUAAUUCUUGGAAGCGAAGAUAUCAUUCCCGUCGCAUUCAGCGGGAUGUGAUCAAGAAGAGAGCCCUGAUUGGGGAUGAUGUCGGCUUGACGUCCUAUAAACACCGACAUUCCGGACUAGUGAAUGUCCCUGAGGAACCCAUUGAGGAGGAGGAGGAGGAGGAAGAAGAGGAAGACCAGGACAUGGAUGCAGAUGACAGGGUGGUGGUGGAGUACCAUGAGGAGCUUCCAGCUCUCAAGCAGACCCGGGAGCGGAGCACAUCCAGGCGGUCCAGUGCCAGCAGCUCAGACUCUGAUGAAAUGGACUAUGAUCUGGAACUGAAAAUGAUUUCCACUCCUUCACCAAAGAAAAGCAUGAAAAUGACUAUGUAUGCUGAUGAAGUGGAAUCUCAGUUGAAAAAUAUUAGGAAUUCCAUGAGGGCAGAUACUGUAUCCACAAGCAAUAUCAAAAACCGAAUCGGUAACAAAUUACCGCCUGAGAAAUUUGCAGAUGUCCGGCACUUAUUAGAUGAAAAACGUCAGCACGUGCGCCCACGGCCAUCGGGCAGCAGCACUAAAUCAGAUAUACGCCAGCGGUUAGGAAAAAGACCACAUUCUCCAGAAAAAGCUUGUAACCCCAUCGUUCGGAGAGAGCCCUUUUCUGAUGUACACAGCAGGCUAGGUGUUCCCAGGCAAGACACUAAAGGCCUCUAUUCUGAUACUCGGGAGAAGAAAUCAGGUAGUUUAUGGACUCGCUUGGGAUCUGCAUCCAAGACCAAAGACAAGAACGUGAAGAAAGUGGAUCAUAGGGCUCCUGGCACUGAGGAAGAUGACUCCGAGCUGCAGAGGGCGUGGGGGGCUCUGAUUAAGGAGAAAGAACAAUCUCGCCAAAAGAAGAGUCGGUUAGAUAAUUUACCAUCUCUCCAGAUUGAAGUUAGUCGGGAAAGCAGCUCUGGUUCAGAGGCAGAAUCCUGAUGCCCUUGAGGCUGAUGGCAGCUGCCCUAAAGCUUGACAUUCUUGUGCAGGGUGGGGCGCACAGUAGGAACCUCCCCUGCAGGAGUCGGUGCCCCUCCUGCUUUUGCUCCUGCAGUCACCCUCAGCUCUUGCUACUUUAGCAGGACCUCUUAAGAAUGUGACCUGUUCUGAAGGGCUCUGUCUUUUGCUGCAGAGUUAUAGUUCUGGGCCCUCAAUUUUUUCCUACCACCCCACAAGCUUUACCCUUUGAGAGGAAGGCAGCCCUCCAGAGUUUUGUAGAUGUUUUUCUUAAUAUUUUUAACAUUGUGUCUUUUAAAAGAAACGUUUUACACAGUUCAUCCAAAGAGCAGAGAACUGAACUUCUCACUAUUGCCUUGGCCCCGACAGCUGUUACCAGCACCCUUUUCCCAAGAAAAGUCAAUUCCCAGGUGCUUAUUGGACAGCCUUCAAGGGGGAAGAUGAGGGAAGCUGCCAGUUCACCCUUCCAGGACCCUAGUGUGGGGGCCGAAUCUCAUGAACCUGACCUCAGAGGUGCACCAGUGCUGCCCAGGUAGAAAAGAAACACAGCCUUGAUCGUGCUUCCGUUCCUCCCUCGGGAUUUCUGUUAGGGACCUCUUGCUAGUGAUCAGCUUGAAGUGAAGAUCAAGUUCAGUGCUGUGGGAUUUUUAGGAACAAAAAACUGACUUCUGGAUUUGGGGUAGAGGUUUUUUUUUUUUUUGUGCUAGGGGUGGGGUCAUGGGGUAAUGUUGAACAAUUUUUUAAGUUUGUAUUAUGUUUAAAAAUAUUAAUGGUUUAAAAGUUAAAAUUUUUAAUUUUUAUAUGUGAAAAUACUUCCUGUUGGCUAGAAGGGAAGCUCAAGUGGUGUCUAAUGUGCUGUUAAAUAUAUAUUAUAUACUUUGGAAGAAGGCAAAGAGAGGAGUCUCAUUAUUUUUAAAUGAUCCUAAUUGUAUAGUCUGUUGUACAUAGAGUUCAGCUUACUUUUUGGCCACUGUAGGAAACGACUCAUCCAUCCGAGAUGGGGCUCUGUUUAUCUUCACAUUAGAAGUAAUGCUUUGUUACUCUUUCUGUCUCCAAGUUCUGGCACCUGAAGACAUCUUCAAAUUGGUAAAUAAGAAAUAGUUACAGAAAUUUUAGUUCAUUUAUUUUUAAACUCCUUUCAGAUCAUUUUAACCACAAAAAAGCAAUAGAUUAUUUUGUUUUCCUAUCUGA